AUGCCCGACAACUUUGGGGACGAAGGCCUCAGCACCGGCGCCAAGGCGGGUAUCGGUAUUGGCGUGUCGCUUGGCGUCAUCGCGCUGGGGGCGGCAGCGUAUUUUCACCGACGGCAAGCCAGGAAAGCGAACUUUUGGUCUGCUGAGAGCAUUGUGACCAGUCUCAGUCUGUCCGACUUGAUGGGCUCAAGAGGGGUAUUUCUCCCUUCUCCUGAAUAG